CCGCCCCUUGUGCAGCAUCAUUGUGAAGUCAGUGAGUAGAAGAAGAAGAAGGAGGAGGAAAGCAGCAGUCAUGGAAGAAGACAAGGAAGUGGGAGAAGUUGUUAAGUACAGAGGAGUGAGGAGAAGGCCAUGGGGUAAAUUCGCAGCUGAGAUUCGCGACUCUACAAGACAUGGUGUGCGAGUUUGGUUGGGUACUUUUAGUACAGCUGAGGAGGCGGCUAGAGCUUAUGAUCAAGCUGCUUUUAGGAUGAGAGGUUCUCUUGCUGUUCUCAAUUUCCCAGAUGAAUAUCCUUCGUCCCAACCUCAUCGUUCAUCUGGGUCUUCUUCUUCAUCUUCAUCUUCAUUGCGUGAGAAUAGAGAGAAACAAAGGCAUGCUGGGAAGGAUGUUAUUGAAUUGGAGUGCUUGGAUGAUAAGCUGUUGGAUGAGCUUCUUGCUACUGAUGAGAAGAAGAACAAGAAAAAGUGAGAUUGUGGGUUUUCCCACCUGGGCUCUCUCUCUCUCUCUCUCUCUCUCUCUCUCUCUCUCUCUCUCUCUCCUUUCUUUCUUUCUUUCUUUCUUUCUUGUUUGGUUGGCUUGAAAGUUGGAAUUCAUCAUAAAGGAUGGUUGUUUGGUUUUGCUGAUCAUCAUCCUCUCAUGAUCAGGUGUUUUACUGUUGUAAAAUUGAGUUAUUGGAAUAUAUGAGCUUUUAUAGUCUAUACAUGGGUAUGCUUUUUUAAUGCA